AUGGCUAACCCUUGGGAGCCAGCCUUUCCUCCCCCGCCAUAUCAUCAUCCCCCGUCAUACGAGGCGAUUGCAGAUGAUAACAUCGACCCGACCCUUCGAGACCAGCCACGGAUCGGUCCGACUUCGCAGGACGAGGAGCCCAUCAUUAUUGAUGACUCGUCGUCUCACUCGCACUCUCGCCGUUCGAGCCUUGACUCGCUGGAGGCCGGGGAGCAGGAGAUAUUUGGUCACGUCCUUUCUCGUUCAGCAGUCGCCAUGCGUACUUCGCCGACAACUUCGCCGGUGCCACCUCCCUCGUCUGACCUUCCUCCACCCACACCAUCCCCUGCACCUCGUUGCCGUCAGAGAACAACGCAGCCUGCUCCCACUCCCGCUCCGGAGCCUUCGUCUUCCAUGCAGUCGUUGUCUUAUCCCUUCUCGCUAUACAUGUCGGUCGAGCAACCCCUCGUCAAGGCUGCUGCAUCGGGCAGAAAGCCCGGUAGACCGCGGAAGGUCCCAGAUAGGGUCUGUGGCCCUAUCGAGGAUAUUACGACCGCACUUUCAUACCGCGAAAUCAUCUUCUUGCUCGCGCUCGAGUACAGCACUGUACCUUCGAUGAUGGACAUGUCACGUAUGACGUGGGGUCCACUCAAGCCGGCCAAUGCAGCACGUCUUCCAUUCCACAAUGCGCGGGCCUGGGAGAAGGCGGUCAUCCCGGCUGUCAUCGAGUUGGCUACGGCACGACGGCCGGUGGAGGCGAAGAUCGUUAUCUACUUGUCAAUCACGCAGUGCCCGCCACGCAGUGCCCGCCACGCCAGUUCUUCGAGUGAGCGCCAGGCUGCGCUACCAUCUACGACUCACCCCAAGUUGGUAAAGGCUCCUUCGUCUCCUACUCCCAACCCGGCAUCGCUGCCAGCAUCUGCACCCUUGCCAGGGCCGUCCCGCUCUUCUGCCCCUGUUACUCCGAUGGGCCAUGUCUGGCAAAAGCUUACUGGCCUGCCCGAUCCCGGUCUUGAUGUUGACGACCUCUCGGAUACUGAGGAAUCGUCGCCCAAGAAACCUCGCCGCUGGGACGAGGGAGUCGCGGAGAGCCGUGAGAAGAUCCGAGAGCGCUGGGAGGGCAAGUGUGAGAAGCAUAAGGAGUCUAUCUGCUUCUACAAUCGCGUCUCACGCACCCAUACCAUUGUCGAUGAUGCUCGUCUUACGCUCUGGGCAUCGUGGAUGGUGAGCACCACAUUUACCAAAUCUUUCUCGCAGAAAUUCACACGCACAAAGGUCAAUGGGCGUGCAACAUUGACUGAACCGCCCGUCCAGUCAAAGACUUGGAAUAAGCCAGCCGGUCAAAUCAAGGACGAUGAUACGCCACCGGCCGUAUUAACCCCCGCUCCCGCUCCCGCUCCCGCUCCCGCUCCCGCUCCCGCUCCCGCCCCCACUCCCGCCCCAGUACCACCGGCUAUGCCAUCUGCAAUGAACCCGUACGGUGUCUAUGGUGGUAUGCCGCCGAUGCCGAUGCUGCCACCGCAAAUGAUGAUGCCAUUCCCAAUGUUUGCCGGCAACUUUGGAGGCGGUGGUUUCGGGGGCUUUGGUAACCCGGGCAUUCCAUCCACGCCGAGUGCCAACAUUGCAGGCCCUUCGUCGUUGUCGUGGGCUGUCACACCUCCAUCGCGGAAACCGUUCUCCUCGCCGCCCCCAGCAGCGGACGACAUUGACCUGGAUACAUUCUGCCAGUGCUACAAGCUCAAAGAUAACAUCAAGGUUGUGCUCGAGAAGCUCAGCUUUGAGAUUGACAGCAACCUUGCUGUCCUGACAGAGACUCAGCUGCAGGCGGCUGGUAUGCCAGUGUUGGCACUUGACCGGGUUCGUCGUGCGCAGUCGCAGUACAAGCGCGACGUUCGCGAGGGCCGUUUCUAG